AUGCACCUUCGGGAUGACAACGAUGAGCUCGAUGAUAUACUCGACAUGCUCGGACCGGACUCUCGUCGGAUUCGCAUCCGUUGGUCGACGAUGACAACGCUGGAAAAACCUGCUGCUGAACUGCGACAGGUGUCUUCGCUGAUCGACAGGCACACAACUUUGCCAAACACAACCCCCUUUCGAACUGAGCUCGAGUUGGCGGCACUGGAGUUUUGUCAGAUUCGAAUCGCUUCUCCGUUUUCACGGAUGGAACUCUCCGAGUAA